CAUUGACCAAAUUGCGCAAGGUGGGGGACCAGGUGGGCCGGAUGGUCCGCCGGGUUUCCAACAAGCGCGGGGGGUUACGAUGCAAAGACGCCUUGCGGCUGGCGCAUGCAUUCGUAACCAGCCGAGUCCUGUACUCGGCCCCAUACCUCCACCUACGCAAAUUCGACGAGAAUGCACUCGAAGUCAUUCUCCGCAAAAUCUACAAGCGCGCCCUCGACCUUCCUGUCAGCACCUCUAACCAGCGCCUUCUGGGCCUGGGAAUGGUGAACACCUUCAAGGAGCUUCGAGAGGCGCACUUGACUAACCAAUAUACUAGACUCUCUAAAACACCGUCGGGUCGCCGCCUCCUUGCCCGACUACACAUCAAUCAUUCAAUACAUACGGAAGAGCGCGUACAGAUUCCAGAAAUUUGGCGAUACUCCCUGCACGUGCGCCCUCUUCCGGCUAACAUGACCCGAGACGACCACAGUGGCCGACGCCUCGCGCGGGCAGAAGCCUUGGCUCGACACUACGGCCACAAAUUCGGAGUAUUCUACGUGGACGCCUCCGGCCCGCACCACGGGGGUUGGUACACGGCUGCGGUCGUCCACCAAAACACCGCUGUAAACGGACUCACCUUCCGUGCACAUAACAUUACGCACGCGGAGGAGAUCGCCAUCACACUAGCCGCCGCAGAUCAGGACUCAAGGGUCAUCAUCACUGACUCAAGGGGUGCCUGUCGCAAUAUAGAACAGGGAUACAUUCCGUACCUUGCCUAUAAAAUUUUGCAGAACAGCAGCUACCUAGGUGCCCCCGCGCACCGAACGAUCAUAUGGGCUCCGGCUCACACGGGCCUCGAUGGUAAUGAGACGGCCGAUGCCGCUGCCCGCGCGCUCACUCUCCGGGCACCAUCCUCGUCCCCUACCGAUCCGGACCUCGAACCCAAUCCCGCCUACACCUUUAAGGAGGUCACACAAUUUUAUCAAUCCAGCCAUAAUAUCUAUCCAAAACCCUGUAGAGGCCUCACGAAGGCGGAGGAGCGAAUCCUCCUCCGCCUUUAUACCAAAACUUUAUUGUGCCCGGCAAUUAUAAAACACUUUGACCCCGCUUGCACGGGAAAGUGCCCGCAUUGUGAGGAAAAUUCCUGUGACAUUUUCCACAUGGUGUGGGCAUGCCAAAAAACCCCAAACCUUACCCCACUACCCAACCCUUCGCGGGAGGACUGGGAGGCAGCCCUGCUCGGCUGCUCUGACCUGACGGCCCAACGGGCCUUGGUCGAGCGGGCCCGGGCCGCGGCCAUCGCCAAUGGGCUCCCGUAAGAGGGAGCCCACCUAGUGUUUGUACGGGGCGGCCCCUUAAGGACCGCUCCCACCCUCCCUGUAAAUAACAUCUGUAAAUAAAUGUUUUUCAGCAGCAGCA